GGAAAAGAAGUCUUGACUGAUGGAUCACGUGUGUUCGUGGACACGUUUAACGGUGUUUCCACGCUGUCGAUCGAAUCCGUGACGUCGGACGACAGCGGAAAGUAUUUGAUCACCGUUGAAAACUGUGCCGGGGGACACUCGGCAUUUGCGUCACUCGCUGUCGAAGGUGCACCGGAUCCUCCCGCUGCCCAGCCGUCAUUAGUGAACAUCAUCCGAGAAAAUUGCCGCGAGGACAACAACGCCGACGACGUUGUUGACGGAGACGAAACGUACAGUGCCACGAUUUCCUGGUACGGGCCCGCGUUCGACGGCGGCAGCGUCGUCACGGGAUACACGCUGGAAGUGAAGCGGAACAACGAGGCCUGGGUCGUACUAGAGAAGAACUAUCAGUUCACGUCUUACAUCAUAAGCGGACUCACUCCCGGGACUUCGUUCGUGGUGCGCGUACGAGCGGAGAACAUCCACGGUUGCAGUGAGCCGGGCCGCGAAUCGCCUUUUGUUAGCAUUCCAUCAAAGUCAGCUCCUGCAAUGAUGCCGAGCGUCGGGCCCGAGAGCGAAGUGGCCGAGGAGAAGGAGCCGGAAGCUCCGAGGAAAUCAUUUGUAAACAUUGCGCCUGGGGAGGAAUUCGCCGACAACUACGACGUCUUGGACGAGCUCGGCCGGGGCCGGUUCGGCACCGUGUACAAAGUCGUCCAGAAGCAGAACAAAAACAAUUUCGCGGCGAAGUUCGUCAAGUGCCUGAAGCUGAAGGACAAGGAGAAGGUAAAAGAAGAAAUACACAUCAUGAAUUCCUUGAAGGCGCAUCCUAGGCUUCUUUUGCUGACAGCCGCCUUCGAACGGCAGCGAGAUUUCAUCAUGGUCACCGAAUACAUUCGUGGCGGGGAGUUGUUUGAACGAGUCGUUGCUGAUGAUUUCACGCUGACCGAGCGGGACUGUAUCCUCUUCACGAGGCAAAUCUGCGACGGUGUUGCCUUCAUGCAUAAAAAUUGCGUGGUUCAUUUGGAUUUGAAACCGGAAAAUAUUUUAUGCGUGAGUCCUCAGUCUCAUGAUGUCAAGAUAAUUGACUUCGGCUUGGCAAGAGAACUCGAACCCGACGGCGAACCAGUGCGUGUCAUGUUCGGUACUCCGGAGUUCAUCGCUCCAGAAGUUAUCGCGUAUGAUCCCAUAUCUUUCGCAUCCGACAUGUGGUCCGUCGGCGUCGUGACAUACGUUUUGUUGUCCGGUUUAUCUCCGUUCAUGGGGGAGACUGACGCGGAGACGUAUGCCAAUAUCACUCGGGCCGAGUUCGAUUUCGACGACGAAUCCUUUUCGUCGAUAUCCGAAGACGCGAAGGAUUUCAUUUCCGGCUUGCUCGUGAAGAAGCCCUCGAAACGCUUGACUGCUGCGAGGUGCUUGUCUCAUCCCUGGCUUGCCCAAACGGAGAAAACCAUGAACUCGUUCAAGUUACCAACGGAUAAACUCAAGAAGUUUAUCAUCAGAAGGAAGUGGCAGAAAACCGGAAAGGCGAUUUUGGCCUUGGGCAGAAUGACACACUUGCGGAGAGCGUCGGAGAGCAGGCGUGGCUCACAGGAGCACUUGUCAGCCGUCAGCGAAGAAAAUCUGUCGACGCUCAAGUCGUGGAGGAACCCGAUUCUUCAAUUGACAUCCAUCGGCGGUUCAGCUCCUGGAAGCCCGAACGCGUCGGAACGCCGGAAAAAGUACUAUUUGCAACGCAGCCAAGGUAUUUGUCCGUCGUCAUCGAUCGAGUCGCUGCGUUCUUCGUCACCGAUCGUCGACGUGCGGGAUAAACGUUGGCACUGGCGCAAGGGCUUCGUCGGGAUGGAAGAUGUGAAGAAUGCGAGCGUCCGGACAUUUUCCGGGAUGUCCUUGCCGGAUCGAAUGCCGUCAGACGCCAGUCCGAACAUCGUGCGUCACGAACUGCUCCGCCGCGGUCUGCGCGACAAUAUACUGAAACCGCAUGUUGCACGCGAAAGCUUCACGCCGGACCCCACCGAGAAAGCCAGUAUUUUCCCCCAACUAACUUCAUCUAGUCACGCUUACCACAAGAAGAGCGCGUCCGUAGUCAGCGACAGGAGCGACAGCGGCAUCAGCGAUUGCAGCUCCGCCACGUCGUCCCACCCGAGCAUGCACGUGUGCCGGGAAACGUCCAUCUUGGAGACAGACGAAGAGGAGGACUGGGACAGGACGACCACGGGCCUUUCCUGGCCUACGAAACCAAUGUCUUUUAUUGACGAAGGUGUUGAAGGUUCCCCCGGUAUUGCAGAUGAAUUCGGAGCCGGAUGUCGGGAAGCCGAUUGCGGGAGUCCAGGAGCGCAGUGUGCGGACGCGGAUGCGGUGUACGGCCGCUUGACGGGUUCCGACCAGCUCGUCGGCGACCACAUAUCAGACAACUGCGACAUUCCUUCGACCGUCUUCUCGCCUGUCAGUACCCCGCAACACUCCUCCGCUGAGCUUCAGGGCCGCAAGAUCGGCAAGGGUUCCUUGGUGUCCAUGCGCAGGAUGGAGUUCCAAGUGUCACUCAACCCGACUCACACGCGCAGCCCCCGUUGAUCCAGAGUGUCCGCGUCUCUAUCGUCACGAGCAUUGGUCCGAGAGUUCGUUUGCAAACGCGGCCGAGUCUGAUCUGAUUUUCUUGGAAACUCGUCGACCGACCCUUUCUUGAACAUCCAUCCACCGAAGUUGAGGGUUGUUCUAUUCCCGUGUGGACAAUUAAUUUUUUUUUUUCGUAAAUCCAGCUCGGCUAAGGCACGUUAAGUAUAUUAUUUCUCGAUCCCUCUGACUCUGGUGCAGUAGUCCUCUCCUUUUUUCCCUAAUCCGAGGUUCGCAAGAAAAAUUCGCCGUAAAAUCUAGGUAGUUUAUAUUCUGAAGUUUGAAAGCCUCAUCAUUGAGCCGGUGUAGAAUGAGAUGGAAACGAAUUCUCAAGAGAGUGGAAAAAACUCCAAGAUCAGACUGAAUAUCAUUCAUCCGCAGGAAUAUUGUUUUGGCGAUUUCAAGCAGAAUUGUUUAACACUUUUCACCGUAGCAAAAUUGGACCAUGAAUAAUGAAAUGAUAAUACGGUAAAAAACAAAUGAAAAUAAUAGUCUCCGCUGCAUUUUGCAAUCUAUGCUGAAGGUUGAUUGACCCUGAGAACCUCGAAAAAGUCUGUAAAAUUGAUUCAACAUGGACCUGGGGAAUUUAAACAGAAAAACUGGACUGCAAACAAAUAUUUUUCCAGAUGAGUUUUUUCUUUCCUAUAAUUAACCAGCCUUUCACUGACGACACAGAAGUGCCAGAAGUGUUUGGAAGGGCAAAGUAAGAGGAAGGAAACAUGUCAGGCAAAUCUUCAUUCUAUUUUAAGUUAUUUGAAUUGACAAAGUAUCAUUCAGCUGGUUGAAGAUGAAACCCACGCGGAAACGGAACAAACCCCCAACUCUCGCAAUACAUCGUGCAUUCUACUCCCAAAUUAAAAAGAAAUCACCUGGAUACAAUAUAUGAUACAUAAAGAAGAAAGCCGAUAAUCUGAUUCGAUGAACGAUGCGAAAGAGCGGACUUUCUGGCCAUGACUCGUGUGGUGGGUGUGCUUUACUCGAAUUCGUUUUGACGACGAGAGGAAGCGCUUCGUGCCUCUUAUGCGACCCACGAAGGAUCGUUGUGGAUGAUUGUAGCUUUUAGCAGGCUGUUCGCCUUCAUUUUAUUUUAUUUUUUUCGAUCAAGUAAUGAAAUUGCGUGAGCCUCGUGACAAUAAGUAGGUGAAGUCCAGAUUGUGUGAGCUUCGCGGAAAGAUUCGUCAUCGUUUUUGGUGCUGUGCUUGUCAAACCUUGGUUUAUUGAGCGGUAUUCGUGGAAUGUAUUGUGCUGUUUCAAAUUUGAUUGAGAGUGCGACGUUGGCUAUUAGCUUACCGUAUCCAGACUGUUUUUCCUUGCGCAAAGAGAAUGCGUCGUCGCUGAGUAUUCGAGCGUUGGUUGAUUUCCAUUUUGUUCUGGCGUUUUCGUGAACUUGGUUCCAGAUAUUUCCGCCACACUCGCGGAAGCGAAUGAGUAGGUAAUUUCUAACCGGCAUUUCUCCCGCGUAGGCCGAUGAAGGGGAAAGGCUGUGUGUUCCGUAUUCAUUCAACGAGCGAGAUGUCGAUAUAAUCACUUAGCAGUCGGCAAUGUGAAAAAGGAGUUCUCAAAACGCUUCAGUGUGCAACAAUCGUGUUGCCGGAAUGCCCGAGCGAGUAUAAAUGACCCGAAGAAUAUUUUCGAUUUUUCUUUCGCCCUGACAAUUUUUGCUGCACUGCCCAAAUCCUGCCAAUCGCCUGUCUCGCGUUAUACAUUUUGCCUUUCCUCGAUUGUACGAAUUCUAUUCUUUCCGCUGAAGUUAUAUUUCAUCCGUGAGUAUGAUGAACGCUCUGCGUGGAUUUUGAAACGUUCGUUAUGGAGUUCAGUUGAAAGACUUAUUUGGUUUGAUUCAUAGUGGUUCUUUUUCAUUUCGCACUGCUGCCGCACCCAUCGUGAAUUUUUCGUGAUUGUUUUUUUUCCUUAUCAUGAAACAUUUCUUUCAUUGGUAAAAUUCGUGCUGACCGUAUAUCCUGCGCAGGAGGAAGAAUAGAUUUACCUCAAUUCCUGUUUUCGACAAAA